AAGACAAGUCAGACAUGAGGAUAGGUCAUAGGUUAGAUCCAAAGUAGUUGAACGUUGAACAUCCUUUUAAUUCACGUUGAAUUAUUACAACAAAAAAAAACAAUAUCAAAAAGGGAAAAAAAAAAAAGAGAAAGGAUUUUGAAAGCGAAAAGAGAAAAAAAACGGCAAUGGAUCCAAAAGAUUCUCGCUUCUCGACUCAAAUCUCUCAUUUGGCUCUCGACAUCGGAGGGACUUUGAUAAAGGUUGUAUAUUUUUCGCCAAACGGAGACAAUUGCGAAGACGGAAGCAUCGUCGUUGGUAAUGGUUGCUCCGUCGUGAAAGGGAGGCUUUGUUUCGCCAAGUUUGAGACCAGAAAGAUUGAUGAUUGUAUUGAGUUUAUCCGAUUCAAUAUCCUUCAACAUUCCGGUGUUCAGCAUCCGAAUGGCACAGCACGCGAUAAAUUUUCUGUUAAGGCCACAGGUGGUGGAGCAUUUAAGUUUGCUGAACUAUUUAAGGAUAAACUUGGAAUUGUUUUUGAUAAGGAAGAUGAGAUGCAUUCUCUUGUUUGUGGUGUCAACUUUCUCUUGAAGACAGUGCCAAGGGAAGCUUUUACCUAUUUGGAUGGCCAAAAGGAAUUUGUACAGAUCGACCAUAAUGAUUUGUAUCCAUAUCUCCUUGUUAAUAUCGGCUCGGGCGUUAGCAUGAUCAAGGUCGAUGGAGAUGGAAAGUAUGAGCGAAUAAGUGGAACAAGCCUUGGUGGAGGCACAUUUCUAGGUCUUGGAAAGCUUUUAACAAAAUGCAAGAGUUUUGAUGAGCUGCUUGAGUUAAGUCACCAGGGAAAUAACAGAGUAAUUGAUAUGCUUGUUGGUGAUAUCUACGGUGGAACAGAUUACUCAAAGAUUGGUCUGUCCUCAACAGCCAUCGCUUCCAGCUUCGGGAAAGCGAUUUCUGACGGCAAAGAACUUGAAGAGUACCAGCCAGAAGAUGUAGCAAGAUCCCUUCUACGAAUGAUAUCUAACAACAUCGGUCAGAUUGCUUACUUGAAUGCUCUAAGAUUCGGCCUUAAGCGUAUUUUCUUUGGUGGGUUUUUCAUCCGUGGGCUCGAGUACACCAUGGACACAAUAUCUGUUGCUGUUCAUUUCUGGUCGAGAGGUGAAGCAAAAGCAAUGUUCUUAAGACAUGAAGGGUUUCUUGGAGCCUUAGGCGCAUUCACGAGCUACAAAGAUCAGAGCCAUAGUAACGACUUGAAACCUCAUCAUCAUACUAUGCAAAGAGCAGUUCUUAAGUGUUCAGGUGAUGAUAACUUUCGACACACUCCAGUAACUGGUAAUCUAAAUGAUGGUGAAGCCAUUGAAUGUAGCAUCAGUCUAGUUUAGUCUCUUGGUGCCAGUGAUCACCAUUUGUAUUUUUACGAAAUCUGUGUAGAAAAAGGAAGUCUUUUAAAGUUAUUCGUUUGGGGUCAAGAUGUAAUAGUCUCAAUUUGUUGUUCCAAGACUGUUCCUUUAUGUAAAGAUGAUAUAUAUAUCCAAGGUAACCAGUAACUGAACCGGAAAACUAAUUCAAAAAUC